CGAAAGGGGAAAACUCAAGCAAAAUCAAGCUAAUAACACAUACCCAAUUCUCGAAUUCUCGUUCUUAAUUUUGUUCUUACGAUCCGCUCUGUAAAUCGGAUCAUUUGGUGGAUUUAUUGUCCAUCAAAUUGGUGCUUUCAUUGAGAGUCCGAGAAUUAUACUCAGAGGAAAUCCUCCAUAGAGACGAUGGUGCAAAUGCGCAGUAACGCCAAUAUAGGUACUGGAGUUCCCCAACAGGGGGAGAACAGCACCACUGGAGGUCGGAACCCUCCCAUCACCACCGGGGAGGCUGAGGCCCUCAUUCAGAGGGUUGGAAUCACGGCCGAACAAUUCAAAGAGGUGCUGGCCGCACUUGCGCCCAACCGCGAGGUUGUGGUAGAAGAUGUGGCUGGGGGACCCACAGGCGGGAAGGCUGGACCUACAAGCUCCCAAGGAAAAAAGAAAAAAGUAAGGCGGUCCCAGAAGAAGAAGGCGACCAAGCCUAAUGGGAAGGCUGUGAUGGCUGAUGCGCUUUCCAGACUGGAAGAAGAGGACGACUCGUCCUCCUUCGAGCGGAUGUCUGCUUUUGACCGUUUGGGAGACCCCAAGUCAAAGAAGCCUCGGACCUCUGCGUUCGAACGGCUGCAGGAUACUCGGUCGGCUCGAAAAGGCGACCUGAGAGACACACUCAAGGAGAAGAGAGGGGAGUCCACAGCGACCUCCAAGGUCGGUUCUGAGGAACGACGGACGACUGUCGGGGAUAAGGGCGCAGCUGAGCUGUGGAAAAUGUACGAGCAACUGGAGAAGCGGCUGGACGCCCAAAACCCCUAUCGCCAGGCGGUCUUCAGCGAGGUAACGCCCUUCUCUAGAAGGAUAAUGUCCUGCCCUCUCCCGGAUAAUUUCAAGACUCCCCAGAUCAAGGCGUACAACGGGACGACCGAUCCCCAAGACCACCUCGCCCGCUUCGGGGCCAACGUGGUCAUGUAUGCGUACCCAGAAGAAAUCAAGUGUCGAUGUUUCCUGGCGACGUUGGAAGGGCAGGCUUGUGAAUGGUUCCACAAGUUACCCAAGGGGUCGAUAGAUAAAUGGAGCGACCUGGCCCACAAGUUCUUGGAGCACUUCGCAUCUAGCCGGAGACAGAAGCUUCCCUUCUCGCAUCUGCUCAAUGUGAAGAUUCGGAAGGGGGAACAGCCCCGGGAAUUCAUUAAUAGGUGGGAGAAGGAGGCUAGGGACGUCCAAGGGGCGGACGACCAGGCCCUGAUCGCCAUGCUCCAAGCUGCACUCCCCCAAGGGGAUGUGCGCAAAGAGCUACGGCGGAAUCCUCUCUCAACCUAUCAAGAGAUGUUGGCCCGGGCGAAGUACUUGGCAUUGGAAGAAGAAGAUGAUGAGCCACCAGUCCGGAAGGAGAAGAAAAGUGGGCCACCGGUGGCAGAUGAGAAGAAGAGAAAGGACUAUGGUAAGGGGCCAAACCCCACCGGGCAUCAUGUGAAUAGGCAUCCUGUUCAUGCGGUACAGUCGUUGUCUGCUCCUCCUCACAGUCGGGGAAGCUAUGGUGUGCAGGAUGCACCCAAAUACUGUGAGUACCACCGUAACAGCACCCACAAUACGUCGGAGUGCGUCACGUUGAAAAAGGAGAUGGAUCAGCUGAUCGCUAGAGGGCCACCUCCUCGAACGGAACGACCCUCCUCAGGUAGCCGGACCUGGAGGAGGCCGCCAGCCCCUACAGCAGCGAUCACAGCAGGAGAGGGGCAAGAAGAUGGACGGCGGCACCUAGGACGAGAUUGUGACGAUUUAGAUGAAGAGGAAAGGCAAGGUCGCCGACACCUGGGGUGUCGGUUCAUUAUGGGAGGAAACACGGGAGGAGAUUCGGUAUCCUCCCGGAAGAAGUGGAAGAACAUGGUGUACCUGGCUGAGGUACAAAGGCCGCCGCUGCCUAAGCGGAAGAAGAAGGAACCUCUGAUUUUCACGGACGAGGAUUAUCCCCCAGUCCUCAGCCCUCAUAGAGAUGCUCUGGUGAUAAAGGUGGAAAUCAAUAAUGUGGUUGUUCACCGAACUUUGGUCGAUACGGGUAGCUCGGUCAAUGUUAUGUACAGCAACACCUUUAAGGAGUUGGGGUUGUCCCGAAGCGACCUGAAACCAAUCCAUACACCGCUAUCAGGGUUCACAGGGGAUACUAUUGAGGCUGAAGGAACUACCACGGUGAGGGCCGGGGUAGGAGAUGGCACCCACCGGCUCUGGAUCAACAUGGAAUUUAUGGUAGUGCAGCUCGAUUGUGCACACCAUUUGAUUCUGGGACGACCAGGGUUGGAGGAUCUGGAGUGCGUAAUCUCCCCCGCUCACCUUUUGCAUUCGGCAGUGUUAUGAGAAUCUGACCUAUGGUAUGAACAAUAGGUGCCCGACCACUACCGUCCUGUUUGACCGGUCAGGUUUUCCGGAGGGAUGACCGGUGCUUUCUUGAUCUCUUGGCAUUCUUCUGUGUUGACCACUCGGACUACCGGGU